GUCCGAGAACAGAUACAAGUACGAGUCGGUUUACCUUUGCUCAAUCCAGUCAAGGUAGAGAAGAAGAUGUCUCAAACAAUCUCCAGCCCAAAGGUAGAACAAGUUGUAAGUGUUGAUGUGAGCCAAGCCAAGGCUCUCCUCCAGUCUGGGAACCAAUAUCUUGAUGUUAGGACUCCGGAAGAGUUUAGGAGAGGCCAUUGUCAGGCACCUAAGAUCUUCAACAUUCCCUACAUGCUCAACACACCUCAAGGUAGAGUGAAGAAUCAAGACUUCUUGGAACAAGUCUCUUCUCUUCUCAACCCGGCUGAUGAUAUCCUUGUGGGUUGUCAGAGUGGAGCCAGAUCCUUGCAUGCCACAACUGAGCUUGUUGCUGCAGGUUACAAGAAUGCGAGAAACGUGGGAGGUGGCUACUUGGCUUGGGUGGAUCAUAGCUUUCCAAUCAACAAGGAGGAGCCAUCUACAAACUAAAAGAUUCAUCCAUAGUUUCUUAUCAAAUCAUGACAGAAGUGUGAUGUAAUGAUAGAGUGUGAUGUAAUAAUCAACUUCUACCUUAGAAUGUCCAGUUUGUUGUUAUGAAAACUUUGUGCCAAAUUCAAUAAAAAGACCUAAGAAGAAGAAGAUACAGUAAAUCUACUAA